AUGGGAAUGUUAGCCACUGGAAAUGCCAACGCUAUUAUUGCUGGAGGUGUCGAGUUGUUAUCUAACGUGCCAAUUCGUUAUAAGAGAAAAGUUGAUGAUUGGAGAAGAGAUUGGACUGGACUCGGACUCAAGGAUAUUGAUGUAUUUGAAAUCCACGAGGUCUUCGCUGGACAAGUUCUUGCCAAUCUGAAUGCAAUGGACAGUGAAUAUUUCUGCACAGAACAGAUGAAACGAUCCAGAAAGUUUGGACGUGUUCCAAUGGAUAAACUCAAUCUUUGGGGAGGAUCUCUUUCAAUUGGACAUCCAUUCGGUGCCACUGGAGUUCGUCUCGCGAAAGAGAAAGAACGAUAA